AAGGAGGAAGUGGCUGAAGGGAACCAGCAUGCAUUGCAGCUCUGGACACAGACAGUCGCUCUAGGCCAGUAUAAAUAGAUCCCCUACUUUAGAGGCGCCGUCAACCCCCCCCCCCCCCCCGCCCUGCAGGUACAUCCGAUGGGGGCCGAUUACCACCCCCUCCUCCUCUAAACUCAUCCUGCGUUUGUUUUCUUAAUUUAGGGUUCACCGGCAGCCCGAUGCAGGCACGCGGGGAGGAGACAGCUCGUCACGGGCCAUCUGGGAGAAGGAGACACGCCGGAGGCCCCGGGACCCCCCACCCCUCUCCACCAAUCACAGAGCUCCAAAACAACCGCGUUAUCUACAUCCUGUAUCCAACAACCACAGGCUCCACGGCGCGCGGCCUGUGAGGAGAAAGUGGACUCUUGUUGUGUCUCCUGUGAAGAGGAGGAAGAGGAGGAAGUGGACCAGAGGAACCGAGCCGUGCGAGCGCCUCACGCCUCAUAACAAACUAUUGCGCGCCGCCUUAUUGCAUGAUUAAUUCCAGCCUCAUCUGCUCCCCCCCCCCCCCGCCCCCACCUCUCUCUCUUCUAUGAAUUACCCGGUUGUGUCCGCGGUGGGGGGGGGCUCCUACAUUUCGAGAGGCUCCCGUCCCGUGCCCUGGUGCAGCAGCUUCGCCCGCGCGCGCUGCCCGGCGGAGAAGAGGACCUGCAUCCCAAAAGACUACCGGGUGCGGUGAAGGGCCGAUGCCGGGCCGUCGCCCCAGGCUGCUGAGCUGAGAGGAGCAGGAGGAGGAGGAGGAGCAGGAGGAUGCAGUGGGUCACUCUCACGGUGGCCCUGGGGUGUGUGUGUCUGUGCCGGGCGGCGCGCACCCCCCCCACCCCGACCCCCCCCACCGCCUCCACGCACACCCCUCUCGCCGACGACUCCGAGGAGGAGGCGGACGAGCCCUGCUUCGAGCCGUGCACGUGUGAGGUCAAAGAGGGCGUGCUGCACGUGCACUGUGAUGGGCGGAGCUUCACCAAUGCCAGCCAGGUGUCUCAGUCGUGGGUCCGCCCUUUCAAACUCAACCUUCAGAGGAACUCUCUGAGGCGUCUCUAUAGCAACGGGUUCCAGCACCUUGGCAACGCCGUGUCGAUAAACCUGGGCAACAAUGCGCUGCAGGACAUCAGGUUGGGGGCCUUCCACGGGCUGGCCAAGCUGAGGCGCCUCUACCUCCACGAGAACAAGCUGGAGGUCUUCAGGAACGACACCUUCGCCGGCCUGGAGGCCCUGGAGUACCUCCAGGCCGACUACAACGUGAUCAAGCGGAUCGACAGCGGCGCCCUGAGGUUCCUCUACAAGCUGCGGGUUCUCAUCCUCAACGACAACCUGAUCCCCGUCCUGCCCGCCCACCUGUUCAGGUCUGUGUCUCUGACUCAUCUGGACCUGCGGGGGAACCGCCUGAAGAGCCUGACGUACGCCGGCACCCUGGAGUACGUGGGCCGCUCCCUGAUGGAGCUGCAGCUGGAGGAGAACCCCUGGAACUGCGGCUGCGAGGCGGUGCAGCUCCGGCGGUGGCUGGGUCAGAUCCCCUACACGGCCGUGGUCGGGGACGUCACCUGCGAGUACCCCUUCCAUCUGCACGGCAAGGACCUGAGGGAGAUCUCCCGCAAGGAGCUGUGCCCCAACCUGCCGGAUAAAGAGCUGCAGGCGGAGGGCGGUCCGCCGGCGGGAUCGCUGCCUCAACACGUGCCGGCCAACUCCAAACCCAACGCCCACCCGGGGCGAGCCCGGCCCACGAAGCCCUCCUCCAUGGUCCACGGCUCCCGCCAGAACACCCACGCCGCCUCCUCCACGUCUUCGUCCUCCUCCUCGUCCUCGGCCGAACGCAAAGACAGGGAGAGGCAGCCGAGGCCGACGAAGAGGCCCCGGCCCACCAGGGUCUCGCCCAACCAGAACGGCCAGAUCGUGGCCGGCUACCAGACGCGACCCCCGAUCCCCAUCAUCUGCCCCGUGGGCUGCACCUGCAGCCUGCACAUCACGGACCUGGGCCUGACCGUCAACUGCAAGGAGAACGGCUUCCAGAACGCGUCCCAGCUGGCGCCGCGGCCCCUCAACGGCCGCAAGCUGUACCUGAGCGGGAACCUUAUCCAGAGGGUCUACCACACGGACUUCUGGAACUUCUCCAGCCUGGACCUGCUGCACCUGGGGAACAACCGCAUCUCGUACCUGCAGGAGGGGGCCUUCACGGGCCUGGCCAACCUGAGGAGCCUCUACCUGAACGGGAACAACCUGGAGAGGCUCAGCCCGCACAUGUUCCUGGGCCUGCACAAUCUCAGGUACCUCUACUUUGAGUACAACGAGAUCCACCAGGUGGACCCCGGGACCUUGGACUCCAUGCCGUCCCUCCAGCUGCUGUUCCUCAACGCCAAUCUGCUGCGCUCGCUCCCCCCCGGCGUGUUCUCCGGAGUCCACCUGGCUCGACUCAACCUGAGGAACAACCACCUGCUGCAGCUGCCCAUGGAGGGCGUGCUGGAGCACCUCACGGGGCUGGUGCAGGUGGACCUGCAGCAGAACCCGUGGGAGUGUACCUGCGCGGCGGCGCCGCUGAAGCGCUGGCUGCAGGGCCUGAGCGCGGUGGUGGUGGUGGGGGAGGUGGUCUGCCACGCGCCGGGCCCCACCAGCCGGAUGGACCUGCGCUCCCUCUCCAUGGAGCUGCUGUGCCCCGAGCUGGAGGAGGAGCAGGAGGAGGCGGCCACCUCCACGGCCGCCGCCGCUGCCACGGCCUCUGCCACCGCCGUGUCGCUCAGCUACCCCGGCGUCUCUGGCCCCGCCCCCCCACCCCCGCCGGGGAGGGACUCCAUCCCCCUCUCGGUGCUCGUGCUCAGCCUCCUGGUGCUGUUCGUGUCGGCGUUCUUCGCGGCGGCGGCGCUCAUCGCCUACGCCGUGAGGAGGCGGGACAAGCUGCCGUUCCGCCGCCAGGGCGAGGUGGACCUGGCGGGCAUCCAGAUGGAGUGCGGCAUCUUCGCCGAGCAGACGCACCACCACCACCAGCAACACCACCACCACCACGGCCUCCCAGAGACGCCGCCCCCCCCGCCGGCCCAACACAGGCACGUGUACGAAACCAUCUCGCCCCCGAAAGGUCAUGACCCAGCCGCGGCCCCGCCCCCGCCGCACAUGUGCAGCAACCCGAUCUACAAAGAGGACGCCGCCGCAGAGAGGGCGUGGUCUCUGGACGCGUGCUCGGCGGCCAUCAGCACCGUGGCGGGGGCGUUGGGCCCGCUGCCCGGCCUCCGCCGCGGGGACGCCAUUCUGUGCCCGACGGUGAUCGACAGCCAGGGCCCCACCCCCACGGUGGAGCUGGUGGACUGCCUCUUCAGGCUCCCGGCGCCAGAGUUCAGGGACCUGCCGGACAGGUACGCCAGGCCGCCGCCCCAAUACCCUCACCCGCAGGACGGCGAGCGGGACGCUGGGCCCAACGGCGGCAGCGGCGACGGCGUGCAGAGCGAGCAGGUGGCGGGGGAGCAGAGAGCCAGACUGAGGACCACACCGGACUACAUGGAGGUGCUGGACCGAUCUUACCAGUUUUAACACUCCCCUCUUCCUCUUCCUCCUCCUCCUCCUCCUCCUCCUCCUUGGUGAUGAAUCACCCGGUAACGAUGAUCCCCGUGAGCCUGUGGGGGAACCGGACUCCACUACCCCUCAUGUUUAUUCUGGAUAACGAGCUGAGGUCAUGUUUUUUCGUGGUGUAUUUUUUCUUCUCCCACUACGAGGAUCAGCUGGUCCCAGAUCUGCCUGGAGGCAUGAAACCUCAACUGCAGCCCGCCCCCC